AUGAGACGGACACGACCAUCACGGUCCUGCCAGUCCCGGGGAGCGCCCGUCAGUGUCUAUCAACUUGUUGUCAAGGAAGAGAAGCCGCAGAAAGCACGGAGAGCUGCAGACAUCGUUGAGUGCUUCUCCGUGCCCGUGAGCUACAAGAACGCCUCCAGCCUGGACUCCCCCCACUACUUUGCAGCCGAACUGAAGCCCAUCAACCUGCCCGUCACGCAGCCGUUCACGGUGGGCGACAACAAAACCUACAACGGCUACUGGAACGCUCCCCUCUCGCCCCUGAAAAGCUACAGCAUAUACUUCCAAGCUCUUAGCAAAGCCAAUGGAGAAACAAAAAUCAACUGUGUCCGGCUGGCAACCAAAGGAGCUUCCACACAGAAUUCCAAUGCAGUGGAGCCAGAAAAGCAAGUGGACAGCACAGUGAAAAUGGCUGGAGUUAUAGCUGGUCUUCUGAUGUUUGUUAUUAUCCUCUUAGGAGCAAUGCUUACCAUCAAGAGAAGAAGAAAUGCGUAUUCCUACUCCUAUUACUUGCAUUCAAGCCAGUGUUUUAGGGGCCUCUCUGUCUUCUACAGGACCAGGAAGCUAGCGAAGAAGCAGAAGGAGACUCAGACCAGCACACAGAGGGAGAUGGGUCCUGUGGCUACUUCAGACAAGACUUCUACCAAACUCAGUGCUGUUCACAACGAAGAAGCUUUUUCUUCCAGCUGCCAAGAUGUUAAUGGAUUCACAUCACCCUCUCCUUGUUCAUUUUCUGUCCAAAGCAAAACCCUUCAGAGCAAAUCUUUGUUGAAUUCCUACUACUCAGUCUCAUCAGACACUGUUCCAUCGACCACGCUGCUAGACAGUAGCCACGGAGAGAUGACCCAACCGACCCUGACCAUCCAGACGCACCCGUACCGGAGCUGCGAGCCCGUGGAGAUGUCCUACCCCCGGGGACAGUUCCAGCCGGCCAUCCGCGUGGCCGACCUGCUGCAGCACAUCACCCAGAUGAAGCGAGGCCAGGGCUACGGCUUCAAGGAGGAGUAUGAGGCACUACCUGAGGGGCAGACGGCAUCCUGGGAUACAGCCAAGGAAGACGAGAACCGCAAUAAGAAUCGAUAUGGAAACAUAAUCUCCUAUGAUCACUCAAGGGUGAGAUUGCAGCUGCUGGACGGGGACCCUCAUUCCGACUACAUCAACGCGAACUACAUAGACGGAUACCACCGGCCUCGUCACUACAUUGCAACCCAAGGGCCGAUGCAAGAGACAGUGAAGGAUUUCUGGAGAAUGAUUUGGCAAGAGAACUCCGCGAGCGUUGUCAUGGUCACCAACCUAGUGGAAGUCGGCAGGGUAAAAUGUGUUCGGUACUGGCCAGAUGACACAGAAGUGUACGGAGAUAUUAAAGUCACAUUAAUUGAGACAGAACCAUUGGCAGAGUAUGUCAUACGCACAUUUACUGUCCAAAAGAAAGGCUACCAUGAGAUCCGAGAGAUCCGGCAGUUCCACUUCACCAGCUGGCCGGACCACGGCGUUCCCUGCUACGCCACGGGUCUCCUGGGCUUCGUUCGGCAGGUGAAGUUCCUCAACCCUCCGGAAGCAGGACCUAUCGUCGUGCACUGCAGCGCCGGGGCUGGGAGAACAGGGUGUUUUAUUGCCAUUGACAUCAUGCUUGACAUGGCAGAGAACGAAGGUGUGGUCGAUAUAUUUAACUGUGUGCGAGAGCUGCGCUCCCAAAGGGUCAAUUUGGUGCAGACAGAGGAGCAGUACGUGUUUGUCCACGAUGCCAUUUUGGAGGCAUGUCUCUGUGGCAACACAGCCAUUCCAGUCUGCGAGUUCAGAUCCAUAUAUUACAACAUCAGCAGGCUAGAUCCACAAACCAAUUCCAGCCAGAUAAAAGAUGAAUUUCAGACUCUCAAUAUCGUGACGCCGCGCGUCCGGCCCGAAGACUGCAGCAUCGGGCUCCUGCCGAGGAACCACGACAAGAACCGCUGCAUGGACGUGCUGCCCCUGGACCGCUGCCUGCCCUUCCUCAUCUCCGUGGAUGGGGAAUCAAGCAACUACAUCAAUGCUGCGCUCAUGGAUAGCCACAAGCAACCUGCUGCCUUUAUUGUAACCCAGCACCCUCUGCCCAACACCAUAGCAGACUUCUGGAGGCUGGUGUUUGAUUAUAACUGCUCCUCCGUCGUGAUGCUGAAUGAGAUGGAUGCAGCACAGCUCUGCAUGCAGUACUGGCCAGAGAAGACAUCCUGCUGUUAUGGCCCCAUUCAAGUAGAGUUUGUUUCAGCAGACAUUGAUGAAGAUAUCAUCAACCGGAUAUUCCGGAUCUGCAACAUGGCCAGGCCCCAGGACGGAUACCGCAUCGUUCAGCACCUGCAGUACAUCGGCUGGCCGGCAUACAGGGACACCCCUCCUUCCAAACGCUCCCUCCUGAAGGUGGUCAGAAGGUUGGAGAAGUGGCAGGAACAGUACGAUGGGAGGGACGGACGCACUGUUGUCCACUGCCUGAAUGGCGGGGGACGCAGCGGCACCUUCUGUGCCAUCUGCAGCGUGUGUGAAAUGAUCCAACAGCAGAAUAUCAUCGACGUGUUCCACAUAGUGAAGACGUUGCGGAAUAACAAAUCCAACAUGGUGGAGUCGCUGGAACAGUAUAGAUUUGUAUACGAAGUUGCACUGGAAUACUUGAGUUCCUUCUAGCCGAGCGGAGGGUGAGGAGUCUCCGGAAGGCCGGAGCCCGUCUCGGACAGACGCUCUCUUCCCU